AUGCCUACAAAAAGAGAGACUGGGAAGGCUGUCACUUCCUGUACGGAAUGCCAGCGAGAUCUACAGUGUAGCCGCGAGUGGCCAUGCAAUCACUGCCAAUCAAGAAAUAUACCUCACCUUUGUCAGUUCAUUACCGGAAAGCCCGAUAGGAACCCUCACAAAAUAAGCAAACCCUCAUCUAGCAAUAAAAGAACCUCGUCGGGUAUCCGGAAAGAGAGCUGCCCCAAAACUGCUCCAAUCAGCUCAGAUGUUUCCGAGAACUCUGAAGAUGAGGGGUUUCGCGCUAUGGGAUAUAUGCCUGAUGAGGGAAGUUUUACCAAACUUUUCCCUGAUGCUGAUGGUGACUUCGUAACAUCAGAUACCGAGGCAAUCCUGAGCUCUAUGCCCCCAAAACCUUACAUGGAAUCUCUCGUCCGGUAUUAUCUGAAUGAGCUCAACUACCAAUAUUAUAUUCUCUAUCCCCCGCAGUUUUUGCAGGAAUACACGGCUUGGUGGGCGAAAAGAGCCAAUGGACAGAAGCUAGGUGCUGCCUUUACCUGCCUUCUGCUUAGGGUCUGCGCUUGUGCGACCCAAUCUGUUGGCGGAGAGCUACGCCAGAAGCUUGAGCUUGAGUUAGGAGAGAAAACACAAAAUCUCUCGCAGCGAUAUCAUGAAGCCGCUCAACAACUUAGCUCAAAAAUACCAUCGAGAAAAGGGGGCCUAAGCCAUGUUCAGCAGUUGCUAUUGACUGCCGCCUGGUUCAAGACUGAAGCAUUGUUUGCAGACUCCUGGCAAGCUUUGGGACCUGCGAUACAUAAAGCCCAGGAAUUAGGUAUGCAUAAAGAUGCACUGAACAGGUGUUUUGCCGACUUUGAAUGUGAGAUGAGGAGGAGAGUAUGGUGUAUUCUUUAUAUAUGGGACUGGCAAAUGUCGUCGUCUCUCUCUCGACCGCUCAUAAUCAGCGAUUUAAGCUUUGAAAUGCCGACCGAAAAACUAGAAAACGAUUCCGAAAACAAUGACAAUCUCCCAUCUCCGAUUACACAUAUCAUUCUCCAAUGCCAAUUAAUUCAAAACUUGUCCAAGAUAAGAGGACUUACGAUGGAUGAUGUUCCUGAUCUUCAAGUAUACACUGCACUGCAGGCUAUUAAUGACUGGUUUGAAUUUCUUCCAUCAGUCUACCACCUCUCAGAUCCGGAUACACGAUGGGAUGAAGCGCAUCACUACGUCUUAUUGCAGCGUCUCCAGCUUCAUACUAUAGGGAACAUGCUACUGUUUCAGUUGUUGAAGCCUUUUCUUUCCGGAUCACACCAAAACGGAAAAUACAGUGUCGAUGAUUCUUUAACAGAGGCAGGGGUUGAUUGCGCAUUGAAACUGGUUGAUAUAUCGCAUCGAUUCUACGACCUUUCAUAUCCCAUCUAUUCAAAAUUUCACGUUGUCAUAUUCGUCAUGUUUGACACAAUCGCUGCUCUUUGUUCCGCCAUUACCCACGACACCGACUGCGAGCUGUACCGGAGACAGGAGGCGAUUAAAAGUAUUUAUCUGAUUUUGAGUUUGUUGGAUCAAGUUAAACACUUUUCUAAAACCGCAGCGGUGUGCCAUAGAACUCUGUCUAGGCUUGUGAUUAAACUUCCUUUGUCAUCACAAGAGAGACUGUCAGAUGUCACUCAAUCUUCUCCAAGUUUUGGUGGGAAUCUUGGGUCUUCAGAGCAAUCUCUCGACGAGAUAUCUGCUAGUAACAGUUUCACAUUAAGUGAUACCCCUGAAAACCCGUUCCCAGAAGGAUUGAAAACCCCUGCAUUAUUUGACCUUCCCGAUAUUUCGUUUGAGAAUGGGCAUUUUCCUACUAUAGGUGACCUUUCUGUUAUGGACCUGGGAGGGAUCGGGUGGGAAAAUAUUGGGUUGGAGAUGCCUUUAGGGUUUGUUCCAUGA